GCGGCGAAGAGCGACCCAUCCAUCCACAAACUGUGCACACAGCUAGCGACGCGGCGACUGCCAGCAAUGGCGACGAUGUCAAGCAAUAGCAGCGGCGGCGGCGGCGACGUCAGAGUGUGCGUCACCGGCGGCGCCGGGUACAUCGGCUCGUGGCUCAUCAAGAAGCUCCUCGACGCCGGCUACAUCGUGCACGCCACCGUGCGAAACAUCGGUGACGAGAGGAAGGCGGGGCUGCUGCGGCGGCUCGUCCGGCCGCGGCCAGGCGCGGUGGCGCCGGACCAGCGGCUGCGUCUGUUCGAGGCCGACCUCUACGACGCCGCCACGUUCGCACCGGCCAUCGCCGGCUGCCAGUUCGUCUUCCUCAUCGCCACGCCGUUCGAGCACGACACCAGCAGCUCCAAGUACAAGAACAGCGCGGAGGCAGCUCUGGACGCGACGCGAGCGAUACUCCGUCAGUGCGAGGACUCCAUGACGGUGAGGCGCGUCAUCUACACCAGCUCCGUGGUGGCAGCUUCGCCGGUAAAUGAGGACUACACCGGGUUCAAGUGCUCCGUCGACGAGUCCUGCUGGACGCCGCUCGACGUCGACCACCCUCACCGGAGCGCAGAGUUAUGCUAUAACGGUGAAAGAUUUCAUGGACUCAGUGAACCUGUCGUCCAUCAUCCCAUCGCACUACAGGAAUACAUCCAGUCGAAGCUGCUACCGGAGAAGGAGCUGCUCGGGUACAACGCCGGCGAGAGCCCGGCGUUCGAGGUGGUCACCUUGCCGCUGGCCGCCGUCGGCGGCGACACUCUCCUGGAACACGCGGCGCCGCUGUCCAUGGACUGCCUCGCGUCGCCGGUGUCCCGGAACGGUCGCGGCCUCUGGGUCUUGACGACGAUGCAGAGGCUGCUCGGCUCCGUGCCGGUGGCGCACAUCGACGACGUCUGCGACGCGCUCGUCUUCUGCAUGGAGAGGCCGUCCAUGACCGGCCGGUUCAUCUGCUCGGCGGCUUACCCGACGCUCGCCGAGAUCGUCGAUCACUUCGCCGGCAAGUACCCUCACCUCGACCUCAUCAAGGAGACGGAGGAAUUGCCGAGCUUGCAGUCUCACUCUGACAGGUUGGGGGAGCUGGGAUUCAAGUACAAGCACGGAAUCGAGGAGAUACUGGAUGGUAGCGUCGAAUGCGCUGUCAGAUUUGGUUGGCUUGAUGCAUCCAAGCUUAGCUUGCAAGGAUGAUGAACCCACUGCAAAUUUACCAGCAAUUAUUAUGUUUUGGUGUGUCUAUUUACUGGAGUAAUAUGUAAAUAAAAGGAGCACUCCUUGUCGUCAUUGGUCUUCAGCCAUCUACUGUGCGCAAAUCCGAGCUUCAUUUUUCACUGUGACUGAUUAUCUAAUGCAAAUGAGUGAUCUCCAGAGACAAAACUUGAGUUAUGUUGCUCAUGGUUCUGUGACUCUGUCUAUAACAAGUUAAUGAUCUCGAAUUUUUCUUCAAAGA